AAAAAAAAAAAAAAAACGAAAAAAAAAACGAAAAGCGAAAUUUGCUAGAUCGCGUGUAAUCUCGCGAGAUCGCGCGUAAUCCCGCGUGGUCGCGCGAAAUCCCGAGAGAUCAAUCUGUUUCAUUUUCAAAAUGAAAUUGAAAAAAAAAACACGAAAUCUCGCGAGAAAGUGCGAGAAAAAAAAAAGCAUGGCGAAUGAGGCAGGGAGGGGUUGUUCAAAAUGCCGACAUUGCACCGAACAUGAGGAAGAUGUCAUUUUUAAAGGGAAAACGAAACCAAAUGUCAACAAAGGACCGGCCCCAGUGCGCGGGAUGCAAAUACCACUUGAUGAUCAGCAACCAUCGUGUAGCUGGGGAAAUAUUUCUUUUAAAAGAAAACAGAAAUUUACAUUCAGGGAUGGGAAGAAGAAACGCACAGAGACCAUCACUGUGACAAAGCUAAAAAAAGUAACCUCCAAGUCUGGUAAAAUUAAAUUUGACAUCAUUAGAGAUGAAGAUGGGAUACCUAAUAGAGAGAUCCCACUGAAUGGUCCCUACAGCCAUUCUGUAAUACUAGACUCUUGCUGCCAGUAUUUCGAAGGAAAAGACACCAAAUCCUUGAUGGAAACUGGGAAGAGGCCCUUCAUUAUGGGAAACAAAAAUGGCCCGAAGUUAAAUGAGGAAAACCUGGGCAAUGUGAAGAAGAUUUUUUUUGUUUGUAAUGAUGCUGAUAAUUCAAGUACCAGCUCAAAGAUGUCUUGUGUAAGUAACGCUUGUAUGUAUAUUUUUAUUGACUACAUUCUUUUAAUAAUUAAGAACUGACCACCCCAACAGUCAUAUGAUAUUACCAGGGAACAUCAAUUACUACACAAAAAUAUGUCACUGGAGAACACUGUCUGUCUAAUCUCAAGUUAUUGACAAUGCCAAGUUAAUUUAGCUUGUUCUACAGGAACCCAGAUAUGACAGUUAAGGUUAGUGUCAACAAGCGUCUUAUGGUAAAGUUGUUGACAUUCCCUGGUGAUAUAUAACUGUUUGGGUGGCCUGAAGGAAUUGACAGAUAACACAAUGUUAUGUGUUUGUACAUGUAGCUAAUAUUUUUUUGAAAUAAUUUGAAAGGUUUUAACAGAUUUUCAAAAUAUGACAACUUUUUAAACUGCAUGCAUAUUCUUUUUAGAGCUACAUUGGAGAACUGUGGUAAUGUAUUCUGAAGUAAAUUGUUUUUUUAUUUCACUGGCUUUUGAUGUAAUUUGCACCUGUAAUGAAAGUUUUGCUGAGCCGACUAGACGGUACCACAGUAUCCUGUUAAUUCAGGAUUCGGGACACAGUGGGCCUUCUGUCUCUCUCCCACAGCACUGUAGAUCGUUUUUUAUGUGCCCCUGGAGCCUUGCGACUCCACUGCCGCCUGUUACAGACAGCUUCGGGGAGCCUAUCCCCUUCGCUAUCUGACGAUCUAAAUUUUUUGACAAGCAGUCCUGAUUGCGGCUUGAAACUUAGGGUCUGUUCCCACAACUUUAGAUCGAUCUAUCACCGCGGGGAGUCUCACCAGACUACCGUCAGAUAAUCCCCCUUAAGUGUC